AUGUGCGCUUAUCACAAUCCUGCGUAUCCUCCAAACUACCCAGAAACUUCUUAUUAUGCCAACUUCCAGCCUAGUAGUCAGGAAUAUGUUCCUGCGGCACCACGUACGAACGGUAAUACUGGGAUGUCUUUUAUUCAAAACCAAUUUAUUCCCGACUUAGCUGUCCGUUAUGGUUCAGCUAUGUUUGAUGAAGGGGCAAACUUUGUUCACAAAAAUGUUGACCAAUACGUUAAUCGAUUUCGCAUAAAAUACUACUUUUCUGUCAAUAAUUCAUACGUUGCCAAAAAAGUCGGGCUGAUCUUGUUCCCGUUUGCCCAUACAAAAUGGGGUGUAAAUUAUGAUCCUGCUGGACCUGUUCCUCCGGGUGAUGAUAUCAAUGCUCCUGAUUUGUAUAUUCCUUUAAUGGCUACUAUCACAUACAUACUUCUGAGUGGUGUUAUAUUUGGAUUUCAAGGUCGUUUUUCACCAGAGUACCUUGGGAUUUUAUCUAGUGAAGCUUUUGGCUGGUUAUUGCUUGAAGUUUUAUUAUCUCUUUUUGCAAUCUAUAUCCUCAAUAUUCAGAACAAUAUUUCUUAUUUAGAUAUAGUUGCCUAUUGUGGUUAUAAAUUUGUCAGCAUGAUAGUUGUAUUGAUUAGUUACAUUGGUUUGGAUCGACCAGGCUAUUAUUUUAGUUUACUGUAUACUAGUUUAGCAUUGGCAUUUUUCCUCAUAAGAAGCCUCAAACUCAAAAUCCUUCCACAUGUUGAAGCAUAUCCAUCUGAGUGUAAUAAACGCCGAUUAUAUUUACUACUUCUGAUUGCAUUCACUCAACCAUUUUUGAUGUGGUGGUUGACACGUCGUGUUAUCCUGUAG